CUGGCGGUCGGCUUCCCAGUUGCUAAGCGACGAGGCCGGAGCGCGCGCGCAUCCGGGCCGCCCGGCUGUACCUGCGGGACUCGGUGGCUGCCGCUACUUCGGGGCCGCAGUGCAGACCCGCGGAACGUGCCGCGCCCUUGUGGACCCUUCUUUCUUAGCCCGAGCCCCGGUGCCCGGUCUAGGGUCGGGUGACGAGGGAAAAGAUUUGCAGAGACGCUUCUGUGGAGGGCGUCUGGGGGCCUUGCGUCUUCCUCACUGCGGAGGCAGAACAGAGAUUUCUUCAGAUGACUUUCUGCUUGACUCAACUACACCUGUGGUCUUUGAAGAAUACUUUACACAUUAGUGAUAGAGACAUCGGGGUCUACCAAUAUUAUGACAAGAAGGAGCUACCUGCUACAGAGCAUGGUCACUUAGAAGAAAAGCAGAAGCUGGCAGAAUCACGAGAUUAUCCGUGGACGCUCAAAAACAGACGCCCAGAAAAACUUCGAGACUCACUCAAGGAGUUGGAGGAGCUGAUGCAAAACAGUCAGUGUGUGCUGAGCAAAUGGAAGAACAAAUAUGUCUGUCAGCUCCUCUUUGGUUCAGGUGUGCUCGUGUCCCUAAGCCUUGCUGGGCCUCAGCUGGAAAAAGUGGUGAUCGACAGAAGCUUGGUGGGGAAGCUCAUCUCAGACACCAUCAGUGAUGCUCUUCUCACAGACAACUUUAUCAUCUUAUCAUUUUUGGCACAAAACAAACUAUGUUUUAUUCAAUUUACCAAGAAGAUGGGUUCUCCUGAGAUAAAUAGAAGACUGGAAAAACUCUCAUCCCUGGAUUAUAAGAUUUCCUAUUGUGAAAUACCUGGCCCAGUAAACAGAACAACAAAGCGUCAUCUUGCAGUCAACUGUGCUCAGGAUAUGGUGGUUUGCUGGUGGCCACUCAUGAGUGAUGAUGCUUGGCCUUGGGCCCCCGUUUCUUCUGAGCAGGACAGAGCGAAUCUUCUGCUCCUGGGUUAUGCUCAAGGAAGACUGGAGGUUCUGAGUUCUGUCCGCACAGAAUGGGAUCCAAUGGAUGUUUGCUUUGGCACCAAACACCCUUACCAAAUCUUCACAGUUGAACACUCCAUCAGUGCAGACAAAGAGUUCAUGGCUGACAGCUGCAUCUAUGAAUGUGUUUGGAACAAAAUACGGUGUGUAUCAGUCACCAGAAUACCUCUAAGGUCAAAGGCCAUUAGCUGCUGUAGGAGUGUUACAGAAGACAAACUGAUUGUGGGCUGUGAAGAUUCUUCAGUAAUUCUUUAUGAAACUCAUCGUGGAGUGACUCUCUUAGCCCAAGCUGAACUUUUACCAUCAUUAAUCAGCUGCCACCCAAGUGGCGCCAUUCUGCUAGUUGGCAGCAAUCAAGGGGAGCUGCAAAUUUUUGAUAUGGCUCUAUCCCCUAUUAACAUCCAGCUCUUGGCUGAAGACUGCUCACCCAGGGAGACUCUGCAAUUCAAUAAAUUCUUUGAUGCUUCCAGCAGUCUUGUUGAAAUACAGUGGAUAGCUCCUCAGGUUGUUUCACAGAAGUCUGAAAGAGGGGAAAUCUGUGAUCUUCUCUUCCUCAGAUUUGCCAGAGGACCUUUGGGUGUACUUUUGUUUAAACUUGGUGUCUUCACGCAAGGACAGCUGGGCCUGGUAGACAUCAUCUUCCAGUAUAUUCGCUGUGAUGAGAUCUAUGAGGCAAUAAACAUCCUGAGCAGUAUGAGCUGGGACACCAUGGGACACCAAUGUUUCAUCAGCAUGAGUGCCAUAGUGAAUCAUCUUCUUAGACAGAAGCUUACUUCAGAAAGAGAAGCACAGCUUGAGGCAAGCCUGGGAACCUUCUAUGUUCCAACAAGACCACUCCUGGAUGCAACUAUAAUGAAAUAUAGAGACCAAAUCAGCAAAUAUGCAAGGAGAUUCUUCCACCACUUGCUCAGGUACCAGAGAUUUGAAAAGGCAUUUUUGUUAGCAGUUGAUAUUGGUGCUCGUGACUUGUUUAUGGACAUCCAUUACCUUGCACUAGAUAAGGGUGAAUUGGCACUAGCUGAAGUGGCAAGAAAAAGAGCAAGUGAUAUUGAUGCAGAAUCAAUAACCUCUGGAGUUGAGCUCCUGGGGCCCCUGGACAGAGUGGAUAAGUUAAAUGAAGCUUUUGUUGGCCUAUCCCUAGUACCUCAAAGCAAAGAUGCAUUUCCAGAUAACCUCCCUCAUUUUGGUUCAAUUCACAAAGAUACUAAUCAACCAAAAAUAAUGAAUGUCUCUUCUAACAGACAAGUAUUCAACAGAAGGAGUGAAUUUGAAAAAGAUAUCUCUGCUAGAUCUUUGAUGACUAUAACCUAUAACAGAGAAGAUGAUGAUAACCAAGGAGAAAUAAAAGAAGAUUAUAUAGGACAGGAAAUUGGAGCCGGUGGUUCUCUCAGAAUGGUUCACUUUGGUUUGGUGUAAUAAACUUUUACUUUGCAUGCUCCUGAAUGGCUUGAAAUCUCCAGGACCACAUAUGGUCCCUUGAGCACAACCCUGAGGUAACUUCUGAGCACAGAGCAGAAGUAGCCUCUGAAUACUAGUAGGUAUGGCCAUAAAAAACAAAACCAACACAUUAUCCCCAUAUGGGUUAAACAGCUAAGAAAUAUUGUUAAUUAGUUAAAAGCUUAAAUUCGUAGCACAGCGGUAGGGCGUUUGCCUUGCACGCAGCCAACAU